AUGGAGGCGCAUGCGGUGGCCUUGUCAGCCCGUGCGUUUGCCUUCACCUUCCAAACGUUACUGAAACGUGACUCCAAGUCAGUCAGUACCCAGUUACCUACUCCUGUUGCUGUCUUUGUAUCCAGCAGCGACAUGGCUGAUCAUCACUGGCGAGCUGUUUGGGCACGAAGUUUCUGUGGUAGUAACUUGCAUCAAGUUUCUAACAAUUUGAAGUACCUGAAAUGGGGCGCAAGAGAUAAUGGGGAGGAAGAGAUGAGAAGAAGGGGACUGGAUCAGAUUAUGUACCUACUAGAGACUCCUUUUCAUCACAAGGUGAGUCUCGGGUUCCAAGGAAGCUCAGUAAAAAAGGAGACAAAAGAUAAUAGCCCCAGAACGACCAAAAGCAGCGCCAGCCGUCAACCUCAAAACAAGCUGCAACAUAAAGGAUUAAACAAUGUACAGAACAAGUCUCAGAAACAAAAGAAAACAGUUAGUGCUGCUAAGGCUGUUGAAGUUAGAAAACCAGAGAUUACAAGAAUUCCUUCCCGCCCUCCGUCAGAAUUGUCUGAGGAAACAGAUGAUAUAAUCAGUGAUGCUGGAACUGCUGAUGAUAAAGGGACUGAGGAGGCUAAGGAGAUCGAUGUGUUAGAUGAAGCUCCACACUGUGAUCAGAGUACCGGUACUGAUGAUGACACUCCUGAUAUUGAAGACAAGGUAGUUGAUCAUGAAAAAUCAGUUGUAGGUCAAGGCAAUGGGGAAUUAGUGUCGAAAAUUGACAAGUUGGAACAGGAACUUCGUGAAGUUGCUGCUCUUGAAGUUUCUCUGUACUCUGUAGUGCCCGAGCAUGGAAGUUCAGCACAUAAGUUGCACACCCCAGCUCGGCGUCUUUCUAGACUAUAUAUCCAUGCAUCCAAGUUUUGGUCUGAAGAUAAGAGAGCUUCGGCAGCAAAAACCAUUGCUUCUGGUCUUGUUCUUGUUGCAAAGUCCAGUAGCAAUGAUGCUUCGAGGCUGACAUUCUGGCUGUCCAACACAGUUGUCCUCAGGGAGAUAAUUGUACAAACUUUUGGCAUCUCACAUCAAUUUGCUCCAUCCAUGACGACUAUGAACAUGAAUGGUGGUGCCAAAAAACUUGACGGGAAAUCUAUGACAAUGCUGUGGAGAAACAACUCCAAUGGCAAGCAAGCCAAACUUGCUACAAUGCAGAUGCCAGAUGAUUGGCAGGAAACAAGUACACUUUUGGCUGCAUUAGAGAAGAUCGAAUCUUGGAUGUUUUCUCGCAUUGUUGAGACAGUAUGGUGGCAGGCACUAACUCCUCACAUGCAAAAACGGGCGGAAGGAUCAUCAACUCCAAAGGCUGGUAGAGUGUUAGGUCCUGCUUUGGGUGAUCAGCAGCAGGGCACCUUUUCUGUUAACCUGUGGAAGGCUGCGUUUCACGAUGCAUUCAGCAGAAUGUGCCCCCUUCGUGCUGGCGGACAUGAGUGUGGCUGUUUACCAGUAUUAGCAAAACUGGUGAUGGAGCAAUGUGUAGCCCGUUUGGAUGUUGCCAUGUUUAAUGCCAUCCUUCGUGAAUCAGCAAGUGAGAUACCGACAGACCCUAUAUCUGACCCAAUUGUUGACCCAAAAGUCCUACCAAUUCCAGCUGGUGAUCUAAGCUUUGGGUCAGGCGCGCAGCUGAAGAACUCUACUGGAAACUGGUCCAGAUGGCUGACAGAUAAGCUUGGCAUGGAUGACGAUGAUUCUGAGGACAUAGGAGAUGUUGAAGAUGAAAGAAGAGGCGCAGCUGAAACAAAAUCGUUUCAACUGCUUAAUGAACUAAGUGAUCUCCUGAUGCUCCCAAAGGACAUGCUUCUUGAAAAAUCUUUCAGGAAAGAGGUCUGUCCUUCAAUUGGCCUUCAAUUAGUGACCAGAAUCCUGUGCAACUUCACCCCAGAUGAGUUUUGCCCUGAUGCGGUUCCAAGCACGGUCUUAGAAGAGCUGAAUUCUGAGAGCUUGCUGGAUCGUCACACCAACAAAGACGUGAUCAAUGUGUUUCCAUGCAUCGCUGCUCCUAUAGUGUACCACGCACCUUCAACAUUGGAUGCGGCAGAGAAAGUGGCAGACAUAGGAGGUGGCGCAAAGCUGGACAGGAAAGCCUCAAUGGUGCAGAGGAGAGGGUAUACCAGUGACGAUGACCUUGAUGACCUGGAUUCUCCCUUGCAUCCCUAA